AUGGCAAUCACCGAAAAGGCUCGUGAUAAGGUGAAGGCGCAUCAACUUGAGAAACGGAGUCGCAAGUACCGUAUCGCACAUUACCAUUGGAUGGUUGCAACGAACAAGGUGGAGACGAUUGCAGACGAGAUCCCUCUCGUCAUUGUGGUCAGUAAGGAAGACGUUGCAGAUCUGGGCAAGCUGAAGGACCGUUGGGGCUUCCGCGGACGUGUGAAGAUCCUUCGCCAGCGAAAUGGAGAACCAAGAUUGUUUUGGAUAGUUCGCCAAGCUGACGAGGAACAUGAGUUUACCAUCGUUGUGGAAUUUCGUGCUAAGAAGAGAUACCCCAGUGGUGAUGUUGAUAGGAUAAGUCAGUUGCCGGAUGAUAUUCUCGUUACGAUUGUAUCUUUCCUAUCUCUCAAGGAAGCUGCACGCACUAGCGUUCUUUCUUCUCGCUGGAUAAACUUGUGGAAACACGUCCCGCGCCUCGAUUUCGAUGCAGAAACUGCAUUGUGCAAGACCUCACACAAAUAUGAGUUGUUGUACAGUGAAGAGAGCUGCAAGUACGUAGAAUGGGUGAAUCGCGUCAUCCGAUCGCACAAAGCGGCCACCUUAAAAGAAUUCAGAGUGUGUUUCGAUUUAAGCCAAACUGUCGAGAAUGCAAUCACUCAGUGGCUUGAAUUUGCGCUUGUGAGGCAUAUUGAGCGAUUGGAUUUGGACUUUUCAGCCAGAGCUUUUAAUAUAGACUUUUCAGCCAGAGCUCUUAAUAUAGGCACCGUGGGUUCUACAUACUACGCUUUCCCGGAGAAAUUCGUGAAACGCCCUUCACAAAGUUCAUCUACUAAUUUCAAGUCCCUCAAAUCAUUGUCUUUGAAAUGUGUUAAUUUGACCCGUGAAGCUAUCGAAUUACGUGAAAGAGUUACUCGAUGCACUUUCUUGUCGAAUUUUCCAAUUGGAGAUUCUUACCUUAAUGAUUACGUUCAAACUAAGGCAGGUAUCGUGGGCUCCAAGUUUCCCCAACUUCCUGAACUGAAGAAGUUGGUCGUUGAUUAUCAGCCACACGAUAAAGAAAGUUUGUUGGAACUGGCACAUUUGAUGAAGGCAUGUCCUUAUUUGCAGGAAUUUGUUUUACAGUCGACGUGUGCAGAACUUCCGAGAUUAUUAAGAAGAAAAGUGAAGAGUUCCUUAAAGCUUGCGCACGAGCAGCUUAAGGUGUUCAAGUUCCUUGGCUAUUGCGGUAGCAGAAGUGAUGUCGAAUUUCGGGCCAAGAUAACCUACAAUGAUAAGGACAGAAUCAGUCAUUUAGCCGAUGACAUUCUCGUAAUGAUCCUGUCUUUGCUAUCGUUCAAGGAAGCCGUAUGCACGAGCGUUCUCUCGUCUCGUUGGAUACACGUGUGGAAACAAAUCCCCUCUCUCACCUUUGAUGCACACGUUUCUUUGAAAAGGGUUGCAAGAGGGUUCGACAUCAGCACGAUAAAGAGGCAAAAGUACGUGAAAUGGGUGAACAGCGUCAUCCAAUCUCACGAAGCGGCCGCCUUGAAAGAAUUCCGAAUCUGCUUGAAUCUGAGCAACUUAGCUCGGAAGGCGAUCACUCGGUGGCUCAAGUUUGCGUUCGCGAGACGUGUUCAGGUGUUGGAGUUGGACCUUUCGGCGAAAGAAGUGUUCUUUCGCCGUCAGUUUUCUCAUUGCGCUUUCCCCGAAGAGCUACUGACUCAAAGUUGGGGUGAAGCAUCUUCGUCGUCGAAACCCUCUUCGGAUGGUUCCGGAGUUGACUUUAACUUUCUCAAAGUGUUGUCUUUGAAAUAUGUUGUUGUGACAUGUGAAGCCUUCAAGUUGUUUAUACGCAACUUCCCGAAGCUCGAAAGAUUGGUUGUCGAAGGGACACACGACUUAUUAAAAGUUGAAGCUUGCGGUCCGUCGCUUGCCUUAAAACACUUGGAGUUAAGCUGCUGCGAAAAUUUGAAAACCGUGAAGGUUUCGGCGCCAAAUCUCACUACACUUAUUCUUGCGAAAGUGGGUGUGGAGAAUCUCUCGAUCGAGAAUGUUCCAAAGCUCGUUGAGGUAUCUGCUGAUUCUCGUGGCGACGGAGUUCUUGCAGAAAAAAUACUUUCUGCGUCGUCUUCCUGGAUUUCCCAAUUGGAGAUUUUUAGCUUGAAGCUAUCUGCCAAGACAACGGAAUUCGUUCCCUCCGCAGCUCUUGAACUAACUAAACUGAAGAAGUUGGCGGUCUUUAUUUAUCAUGGAAAGGGUUACGAAAGUCUUAUGGGAGUGGCUCGUCUGAUAAAGUCGUGUCCCAACUUGCAGGAAUGUCUUUUUAAGUUAAUGUGGUGGAGUCCUUAUUGCGUACGUAGAGUGCUGAAGAGUAGCGUGAAGUUUCCCCACGAGCACCUGAAAGUGUUCAAGUUUUACCGCUAUUUCGGUCGCCCUGAUGAGGUUGAAUUACUCGAGUCCGUCCUGGAGAACUGCAUCGUGCUUGAGAAACUCGUCAUUGAUCCCGAUUACCGUUCACCGUAUUUCGUUGCACCACAAAACCCUGAUGACGAAAACGAGAAACAAGCUGUAGUGGAUGCAUUUAAGCUCGGGAUUCAAUCCCAACUACCUCAGCACAUUGAGUUGGUUAUUCUUUGACAUAACUCUACAACAUGUUUGUAGCAUUUCCCGUUUGUUGUAUUCAACAUGUUUGUUGUACUUUAUGAGUUUAAAACUACAAGACUAGUGUUUACUUCUCUUUGAUUUCUUAUUGAGAUGCUGGAAUUGGUUUUUUAAUUUUUUUAUUUUUUUUUAUAUGUGAAACAGUGACAUAAUGUACGAGGCAUGUACUGUGAUUUACUAUGGGUUUUUUUUUUGGUAUACUUUCGGUGAACUUUAUUCGGUUAUAUUCUAACGUGCGUGCAUAUAGAUUGUUUGCAUAUUUUACAUACAUCCACGUGUAAAUGUGUGUACAUUAUUGUGGGAAAUGUACUUCACCAGGUGUAGUAUCUACAUGCUCGAUUAUAUUCUGACGUGCAUGAAUAUAGAUUGUUUGCAUGUUUUACGUACAUCCACGUGUAAAUGUGUGUACAUUAUCGUGGAAAACUGUACUUCACUAGGUGUAGUAUCUACAUGAUCGAUUAUAUUCUGACGUGCAUGCAUAUAG